AUGAAGGGGUUCGUGGACGAGGAAACUGACGACGACUAUGCCCGAUUCUGUGAUGAGGUGCGAGCGGGAAAGUACCCUGAUUCGGAUGAUGAUAAUGAUGAUACCGGACACGAUUCAGACUCCCAAGUUUAUGACUGGCGCAGUUUUUAUGACAUCAACCUCUGCGCUAGACUUGGACUUCAUUGUUACAAUUCUCACAAGGCCACGCACUACCAGUUUAAGUCUGUGAGGCGUUCAUAUACAGAUCAUCUUGAUAUGGCCGAUCCUGAGCUCUGCACUUCGUUCAUAACACUGGAGGCAAUGAAUCCGGCCGAUAAUUCUCCACUCACUUUUCGUACUUGCGUUAAGCAUGAUGAUGAUAAAGACGAUGUUAAAGACGAUGUGUGUUUAUGGUGGGAGACCUUCUUUUGCGUCGUUAAAGAUGGUGAAGAAGAAGAAGAAGAGACUGAUCAUGAGUGGAGUGAGGAAGUAGAUGAGCGGUACAAAGGCGAAAUGCCUGAAUGGUUUUCUGAUGACGACGAUCAGCAACAACGCUAUGUGUUGCAAGAAUCGGAGUUGCGGGACGUGGUCAACAAUGGGUGGCUGCAUCUCUUCACUGAGUUUGCCUUCUACACCAAAUGGAGAGGAUUGCUUGAUCCCAAAGACAUUGCGGAAUGCGUAGAAUUGGAUCCUCAAGAAGUGGUUGUGGAAACUCGAGGAGAAGAAGCUGAGACAGAGACUCGUGAUAAGCUCAAGGCGCCUAAUGCAAUCUUCUACAUAAGUUUUCAGUGUGCAGAUGAUCCAGAAACAGAUGGCUUGGUUAAUUACAGAGCGGUUGUACGGAAAGCAAUGGAUGGGAAACCAGGACACAUGCGCCUCGAGGUUAAGUGUUGGAGCAUUCUCAAUAGUGCCAAACAAUGUGGUUCCGAAGAAGAAAGUGGUUCCGAAGAAAGUGAUGACGAAGAAGGUGAUGCCGAAGUAUGUGAUGCCAAAGAAUGUGAUGCCAAAGAAUGUGAUUCCGAUGGAAGUGAUGCCGAAAUAAGUGAAGAAAGUUUCCUUCCUGAAUUUUUUCUUCCUGAAGGAAGUGAUACCGAAGAAAGUUUUCUUCCUGAAGGAAGUGAUGCCGAAGAAAGUGGUUCAGAUAUGGAAGAUUAG